AUGGCGGUCUUAUUCCUUCUCCUUCUGUUUCUCUGUGGGUGCUCCCAGGCUCCUGCAGAUAACAUCCAGGCCAUCUUUGUGGCCUUGGGGGAGGCAAUGGAGCUGCCCUGCCCCACACCACCCAAACUGCAUGGGGACGAGCUCCUGUCCUGGUUCCACAGCCCUGCCACAGGCUCCUCCACUGCGCUGGUGGCUCAGGUCCAGGUGGCCAGGCUGGCACCAGAGCACUGGAGACCUAGAAGAGAGUCCAGGCUCAAGCUGCUGGCGAACUACUCUUUGUGGCUGGAAAAGUCCAAGGAGGGUGACGCAGGGCGCUACUGGUGCACUGUGCUGGGGCGGCAGCACAGGUACCAGAACUGGAAGGUGUAUGACGUGUCUGUGCUCAGGGGGUCCCAGUUACCCGCUAGGGCUGCAGAUGGCUCCCCCUGCUCUGUCCUCCUGUGCUCUGUGACACCCACCAGGCGCCUGGACUCUGUGACCUGGCUGGAGGAGAAAGGCCCUGUGAAGGGCCAUGGACAGUCCUUCUGGGGCGAUGGGGCAGCCCUGCUCUUGGUGUGUCCUGGGGAGGGGCUUCCUGAGCCCAGAGUCCAUAGACCAAGAGUCAUCCAAUGCGUCUUGCCUCAGAACAAAGGGAUCAGCUUUACCCUGGCAGCCUCCACGGACGACUUUCCUUCCAACUGUGCCUCUCCCACGGGCUGGGAUGUGCCAUGGAUCCUGAUGCUGUCGCUCACAGCAGUUCUGGGGUUCACCAUCCUGGCCCUCAGUGUUGUGCUCUGCAGGUGGAGGGCCCAGGUGGCUCACUGCAGAGAAGUCUCGGUUCCUCGCUUCAAACCGGAAAUCCAGGUCUAUGAGAACAUCCACUUGGCCUGUCUCAGACCACCUGUCCCCAAGACCAGAUGAUCUCAGUAACACCUCCUGCUGUGAAGUGUGACCCGCUGUCUCCCUGGCCAUCUGGCACCUGAAGGAUCCCCUGAAACCCUUUGUGGAGGGUGGGGGAGGGAGGCUGAGAGUGCUAUUUCACAGCCCAG